CUUGAAUGUUUUAACAAGAGAACAAAAAUGAUGCAGAAGUUAAACUUGGCCCUCUCUAAAUUAACAUGCAAACGGAAGAUUCAAAUCACUACCCAUCUUUACAAAAUUGUAAAAACUCAUACUUUAACCACAAUUCAAAGCUCAAAAACUGGUUUACAAGACCCUAACAAUUUGUAUUCAUUAAACAAAAAGAUCUCACAAUUCACUCGAACUGGUCAAAUUAAUGAUGCACGAGCAUUAUUUGACAAAAUGCACCAAAGAAACACCGUGACUUGGAAUUCAAUGAUUAGUGGGUAUGUAAAACGAGGAGAGAUUACCAAAGCACGGAAACUGUUUGAUGAAAUGCCUCAAAGAGAUAUUGUCUCAUGGAAUUUGAUGAUUUCCGGGUAUGUUUCGUGCCGUGUGAAGAGGUUUAUUGAGGAAGGUAGGAACCUGUUUGAUGAAAUGCCUGAGAGGGAUUUUGUUACUUGGAAUACUAUGAUUAGUGGGUAUGCCAAGAAUGGGAUGAUCGACGAGGCGGUGCGGGUUUUUAAUGCAAUGUCUGAGAGGAAUUGUGUUUCUUGGAAUGCUAUGAUUACUGGGUUUUUGCAGAAUGGUGAUGUGGUGCGUGCAAUUGAGUUUUUUAAGAGAAUGCCUGAUCGGGAUGUGGCGUCUCUGAGUGCACUUGUUUCUGGUCUUAUACAGAAUGGAGAGCUGGAUGAAGCUAAAAGAAUUUUGCUUCAGUUCAGAGAUAGUGAUGGUUUGAAGGAGGAUUUGGUGUAUGCCUAUAAUACUUUGAUUGCAGGGUAUGCUCAGAGAGGAAGAGUUGAUGAAGCUCGAAAUCUUUUUGAUAAGAUUCCAUUUUAUCAAGGGAAAGAAAGAAUUGGGAGGUUUGAGAGAAAUGUGGUAUCUUGGAAUACUAUGAUCAUGUGCUAUGUAAAGGCAGGAGAUGUUGUUUCUGCAAGGGAACUCUUUGAACAGAUGGUUGGAAGGGACUCUUUUUCGUGGAAUACGAUGAUCAGUGGAUAUGUUCAUGUGUUAGAUAUGGAGGAGGCCUCAAACCUCUUCUGGAAAAUGUCGAGCCCGGAUACCCUUUCAUGGAACUCGAUGAUCGCAGGGUACACCCAGAGAGGAAGUUUGGAACUUGCUCGUGAUUUCUUUGAGAGGAUGCCCCAGAAGAACUUGAUCUCAUGGAACUCCAUAAUUGCUGGAUAUGAGAGGAAUGAGGAUUAUGAGGGAGCAAUCAACCUUUUCAUUCAGAUGCAAAUUGAAGGAGAGAAACCUGAUCGGCACACUUUGUCUUCUCUUCUUAGUGUGUCUUCUGGGAUUGUGGAUUUGCAAUUCGGAAUGCAAAUUCACCAGUUGGUCUCAAAGUCAUUUAUCCCUGACGUGCCAUUAAACAAUGCCCUUAUCACCAUGUACUCAAAAUGUGGGGCGAUCACUGAGGCACGAACCCUUUUUGAUGAGAUGAAACUGAAGAAAGAAGUAAUCUCUUGGAAUGCAAUGAUUGGAGGAUAUGCAUCUCAUGGUUGUGCGACAGAGGCUUUAGAGCUUUUCAAGCUGAUGAAAAGUUUCAGAGUGCAGCCUACUUACAUAACCUUUAUAUCAAUUCUAAAUGCUUGUGCUCAUGCAGGACUAGUUGAAGAAGGUCGAAGGAUAUUUAAAUCCAUGGUUAGUGAAUAUGGUAUUAAACCAAGGAUUGAACACUUUGCAUCUCUGGUGGACAUUGUGUGUCGGCAGGGACACCUUGAAGAGGCCCUUGAUUUAAUCAAUAGCAUGGAGAUUGAGCCAGAUAAAGCUGUUUGGGGAGCAUUACUGGGUGCUUCCAGGACCCACAACAAUAUAGAGAUGGCCAGAGUUGCUGCUGAAGCAUUAGUAAAACUUGAACCAGACAGCUCAGUUCCAUAUGUCUUGUUACACAACAUGUAUAUUGAUGUGGGGCAAUGGGACAAUGCAACAGAUAUAAGAAUGAUGAUGGAAAGAAAUAAUAUCAAGAAAGAAGCAGCAAUUAGUAGGGUAGAUUCCUCGGAGUCACAGUGAUGAUCACUGAAAUAUAACUGAUGGGUGGGAUUCUUUUUGUGAUGUCGAGACAGAGAACUCAUUCAUGCUUUGAAAGCAUUUAAGCAUGUGGUGAAUUCUAGUGGACCAAAUAUAAGUGGACUCUAGAAUGACUUAGGACAUGGAUUCCGAGGCCUGCGUUUAAACUUUGACAGCUGAACUCGGAAUAGCUUGCGAGCAAUUUGGUUCAUUUGCAAGCCUAUGUGCCUAUAACAAAAAUUAACGGAGUGGGAAAAGCAUCCCUUUGCAUAUGGAAAAAAAAUUUAAUUUUAGUUGUGUGAAUGAAUUUUUCAUUUAGUUUCUUUCUCUUGUGGUGUAAUAGACAAUGGAGAGGAUCUAAAACAUUAAUAAAUCGAUAAAACAAGAAGAGCAAAUAAAUAUACGUUUAUUUGAAAAAAUAAAGUCACCACUCCUUUGGAAUCUAAUCUGACUGGCUAUUUUAGUUGAGAUGUAACGGUAUUUCUCUGCUGUUACGUUUUUGAAAAUGCUUCUGAUGCAUCAUAGCAUUUAAUGAUUCGCGGUUGGAGGUAAUCAUGAUUAUAUGUCAUAUUGUAUCUAUAACAUUGAAGACAAUUAUAACGAUGACAUGUGUGAUGAAUGUUCUGUUGGCAAUUAUGAUGAUUGAAACUAGAUUCGUAUUUGGUGAUUUAAAAAUCUCCAUGCUUGGUUGAAAUGGAAGGCUAGGGGCUUGCUGGACAAUACAGCUUUGCAUUAGGAGAUUCUGCUGAAAGUAUUUUCAUUGCAAGGGUAGUGAACUAGGGCAGAUCAGAAUGAAGAAAAUGUAGCUUCUCGAUAGGAGAUGCCAUAGCUAUACGCUGAGAUUCAGCGGAACAAUCUGCAGUUUUAGCCCAGUUAUGCUUGAAUCUCAAUGUACUUUUUUUGUAUUAUCAUAAACUAACUUUCUUGCCCAGAAUGUAGUAUACAAAUGCUAGUUAUGGAUACAUAACUUUUUUUCAUAUCUUAUCACAGGUUUUUUUUUCCAUUGGGCAUACAUUGUACUCCAUCAUCACAGGUAUGGAGAUACAAGUGAAGACUAGAAAACCGGUCCUCCUUCAAAUGAGAGAACUCGAGUCAUCUGAACUAAGCUUCCGUGCUGUCACUGCUAUAUUUGUGAGUUGAAAUAGGACUAGGAACCUUUAUCAUUAUACUUUGAAAAAAUGCAAUCAGCUGCAUAGCAUUUAUCUUUAGGUUAGAAUAGACUAGGAAAUGAUCAAACUAGUUUCAAAAAAAAAAAAAAAAACUAGGAAAUAAUCAAACUAGAUAAUUGGAAAAAAAAUCUUACCAUUGCGAGUCCAGCACAGAACAUACUGAAACCAAGGAAAUGAAAUGGUGCUUCUUCAGAUAAGAAUAGGGCUGUAUUGAAAGAAAAAAAAAAGAUGUUAAUUCUAAUUAAAUUUUCCUAUAAAGAUAAUUUCCUAUAAUCUGAGUACCUGUCAAAGGACUAAAAAUCAAAGGGGAAAUGAUAGCAGCGACAGAAUUUAUGCUUGAAAUGCACCCUUGAGCCUUCCCCUGAGAGAAAUGGAAAGACUUCAUGUAGAUUCAUAGGAAAGAAAGUAAUGCAAGAAUUUGAAUUAAGAUGAGAAAUUGGUGCGUAGUGCAUCCAAUCUAAAUAUUAAAAUCAUCUUUAGCAGAGUUACCUGUUCAUCAGGGCCAACUUGUUUGGACACAAUGCUCCUUAACUGGGCAAGUCACAGGGUUACAAAAUGAGCAGAUUAAGUCGGUCAACAGAUUCGAAAGGUUUAGAAAGAUGAAACUUACAGAUGCAGGCACGAAAACAACAAAAGCAACUAAUGCUGUAGUGGCAAAUGGAACCUGCUCAGGAUGAAAAUUUAUUAAAGAGUGGCGGAAAACAUAAGGAACGCAUAGGUCAGAAAGCUGUAGCCUGUAUGUCUUAUGAAAACAAGAUAAAGAGUACAAAAAGCUGUCAUCUUUCAUUUAGAAAGAUACAGAAAGCCUGUAACUUAGUUGGAAGAAACAUUACCCAUAUAGCCCACGCGAUACUAUAGAGCGACAUCUGCAAGAUAUAUAUACCAGCUAAGUUAUUGUCUUUUCGUGCUUAAUUGAUGGAUAACUGAUAUCAAUAGGUAUAAACAUAAUGAUAUUAUUGUAGGAUUAAGGCUCAUACAGAUAUAAAACCCAUAAAGAGUCCUAUGGAAAGUAGUUUUUCCUCUGAUACAACAGGUGCCAACAAAGGCAUGAAAAUCAGCUGCAAAAUUCACGAGAGCUCAACAAUAAGUAUAUAAAAUAGUACAAUCAGUGAAAGGUGUAAUAGUAGUAUUCGUUCCAAUCUGAGCAUGAAACAGAAAAUGCAUGGUUUGACACCUGUGAUAUCAUUCCUGCAAUACCAGCAAGAAGCAUUUGAUCAGCAUACUGGUUUUUGGUGAAGUGGAAACGUGCCUUCCAGUAGUACUGCAGGGAGCAAAUUAUAUUGAGGUGGCAAUGAGUUGGAUUGGGAUAGGAUUGGUACCAGUAUUUUGGAUCAUUUUGAGUUCAAGUUACUUUGGAUUCAAAUCAUUUCAGGUGAGGUUUAUAUCAUUUUGAAUUGUAUGCAGUAAUAAAUUUUGAAUCUCAUUUCAAAUCUAACCUAUUUGGAAGAAAAAAAUUAAAUAGUAAAAAAUGAAAAUAAAUACUCCCUCCGUCCCAAAACAAUAGUCCACUUUCCUUUUUUUUUUGUUCCAAAUAGUUGCCCCAUAUUUCUUGUAAAUCACAAUUUAAAUGUUGAUUUUUCCAUUUUGCCCUUAUUUAAAGUGUCAUUUAUUGUUAGUAGCCUAAAAAGUAAAUUAGUCAUAACAUUUAAUAGAGGUAUUGAUAAGAAAAAUGAAGAUAAAAUUGUGAAAAGUUAGAGCAUUAAUUGUAUUUCUUAAACUAUGUGUAAAGGGGAAAGUGGACUAUUGUUUUGGGACGGAGGGAGUAUAAAAAAAAAUCUUGACUUUAUAAAAUGAAAUAUAAUUUUUAAUCGGAUUUUAUUUUAGUUUAGAUUAGUUUUUGAGUUCUAGGAAGAUUCACUAGCCUUUUCAUUUUUAAGUACUGAAAUUUUUGACUUUUAGUCAAGUUUACGUCAAAUUUCAACUGAUAGUCAAUUAAAUAUAUGAUCUAUUAGGUCACACCCAAUAAUUCCGGAUAAUUGCAGGUCAAAUGAUUUUGAGUGAGUUGGGUCAAAAAUUGUCACUUUUAGGUUUGAUGGAGAACUUCUUGGAUGCCUUUUUGGUAUUUGUUUCCUCAGCUAGUUUUGAAGUCUUGCUAAUUGCAUACUAAUAGAUUGACUUGACAAAUUAUGAAAAAUAGACAGUAGAUGUAUGUAAAAAUACCAUGGAAGCUUCUUGUUGUCCUCCCCCAGCAAGACUGUGAAAGAAUGCGACAACUGCUACUUGCGAAAAUGUUGCACUGAAGCACAAGUUUUUACAAGGUGAGUGAGAAAAUCUGAGUAAUGAUGCUUCAAGAAACUGCAUCCAGUCAUUAUGAGAAUGAUUAAAUUAUUAGGCAUUGAGCGCGUUCUAUAGGGUUUUUUUUAAAAUGUGAAUGUUAGUGACCAGUCUAUCAAAUAGAUGAGGAAAAUACUAGUGGAGGUACGGAAAAUGAAACAUGAUUUGCUUUGAGUCCAGCAAUCAAUUUUGAUUUUCCCGAAGUGUAUGAAAGUCGAAAUGUGCUUGGAAUUCAGAAAUUGGUCAGGAAGACCUUACCUGCUCUUGAGCAAGGAAAUGACAUCCCCGAUUGUUAAUAUCUUCUUGAAUGCUGGAGCCUUCUUAGAUAAGUUACCGUCUUGUUGAAUGGCAUCGAGUCUAGUCUUCAGGAUUGGCUGGGAUAAGUCAUCAACUUCCAGUGCUUCCUUCAGGAAAAUUCUCGCGUAUACAACAGCCAGCAUUGAAAUAAAUGUCGCAAUCUGGAACAUAAAUGCAUCGGGUCUUAAUUAUUAGUAUUACUAUUAAAUCCUUCUAUUAUUUUAAUUAGGGAAUCCAGGAAGGGGGACGCUAGGACUCGAUAUCCAGCAUGCUGAUGCCACGUCUUCUCAGACUAAAAACUGAUUGCGUUUCCAGUUUCGUGCAACAUAACGCUAAGAUAGUAAUGGCUGAUGACAGAGGAAACACAAAAGGUGAAGGAAUGACCUGAAAACUUAAAGUAAGAGGGAGCAAUCUGGAGGCCAAAGUUCCACAGACAAAGGCUGUUAGGAAAGUGCCCAUUAGAAUUCCAAAUGCUGCUGUUCUUCGAGCUUCUGAAACUUUAUCUGCCUGAGAAAGAUAUACAACAAUGCAAAAUUCAAUAGUUUACAAUAUUCAAUCUGAAUUCAGGUAUGAAUUUUCUGAUGAUGCCUUUGAACUUUUACGAUACUCAUUUUGAAAAAUUAUUGCUUAGUCCCGGUUUAUGAUGGACUACUGUUGCAUGAGUAAA